AUGUUCGGUCGUACGAUUGGGCCGGUCCGGUCAGAAAGUGCAGGGCGCACAUUAUUGCAUUUCGGCUCACGGGCCCUCGCUUCGGCUGGGUGGCGUGUACGUCUAGCACGGCCGCUCUCAGGUCCUACGUCUAGCACGGGAUUCCUUUUCGGAUUUGGGGGAGGACCGCGGCGAGCCGGAGGCAGUGGCGCGCGCCCGUGGUCGGUCAGGCUCUGCUCAUGGCGAUUCCAGCUGCGGAGGCGCCGGCGCUCGACUUUGGAUCGACGUCGACUGCCAACGAUUCAGCAGCGCGCUUGGGGGCUUCCGUUACGGCCGGUGGCGGCGCCACGGCGGCUGCGUCAGGAGUAGGCCCGCCGGAAUCAGUCGUCCGCCCGUUCUCUCCUGAUACGCGCCGGUCGGAUGAGGGUGGGGCACAGCCGGCGGUGGAGAAGGCUUUGUCUGAUGUUGAGUUCUCCGGGGGGAUCCUGCACCACGUUCAGCUCGGGCGGUGGCGAUGUGGCUGUCGGACGCGCCCAUGGCGCGGCGCCGCCCGUCGUCUCGCGUGGCUCGAUUCAGUUCUUACCCCACAGUGCGCAAGCAUCCGCAAACACCACCAUCCGAGUUGCUGGAAGCGCAGCUAGGAAUUAGCAGGCUGCCAGGAUUUAUUUUUUGCAGCCAUCUGAAAAUCUGGCUAGGUCGACUAAGUAGAGUCUGAAUCUACUUUGGUGGAUUUUUCUACAGCUUCGAUCCGGUCAUAAUAUAAGGAUUUUUUGUAAAGCGUCAUCAGCCAAGUGAACUUAGGGCGAUUAACGCCUUUGCCUAAACAUAGACAGUGUUGAAAAUUUUAUUGCCGCAAAAAGCUUAGAAUUUGGGAGAUACCAAUCGCUAGUGGUCUUGCAGGAGUGACUGGCCUUGGCAAUCCUAGCCUGUUCCAAUUUAGUUUGUGGUCCAAUGUACAAUGCAAAGAGGGGGAAAAGAUCUUCUCCCAGGCGUGCCUUUGUUUUCCCUUAAGUUUCUUCUGAUUUUUGGUGGUAAUUAGUUAGUUACAAGGCCACGGGCGGCAGACGAUCGGCGAUGCGGUAGCAGUGAUCGCGUGCCGUCACGUUGAAGCUUCUCUAUGAGGAUUCGCUGGCUUGGGAUUUUUUUCUAGCAAUCUGAUUCUUGUCUAGUAGGAGCAAGUUGCCGAAUUGGUGCAUUAUGCUUGUUUGUAUUUAUUUUUUCCCAGCUCGAACCGUAAAAAUGCCCAAG